AUGGGUUUCCUCCUCGUACUCGUGAUCAACGCCUUCGUCCUCCUCUCGAGCUUCGCCGUCUACUUCGUCUGCGCCUUCCUGCUCCGGUGGCGGGAGGUGGAGGUGGAGCCUCCGGCGGAACUCUCCGACAGGGAAAGGGCCGCCGUGGCGGCGGUCCACUCCUUCUUCUUCCUCUCCGGCUACUUCGUCUUCUUCUUCUGCAACUCCGCCGUGGCCGCCCUCGCCGUGGGGUUCUCGCUGGUCGCCCUCCUCGCCUGCCUCCUCCGCCUAGCGGAGCUCAUCAAGCACGAACGGAGGGUCGCAGCAGCAGGCGGCGCCGCCGCCGCCGCGGGGCUCGACUGGGGAGAUGUGGAGUGGCUGGGUCAUGCCAAAGCCACCGACGGCGACUGCGCCGUCUGCUUGGGAGAGUUGGAGGGAGGUCAGAGAUUGAGGAGGCUCCCUCUCUGCGGGCACCGCUUCCACGCCCGCUGCGUUGACCAGUGGCUCCGCCUCAGCGCCACCUGCCCAAUCUGUCGCCGUCCCGUCGCCGCCUCCGCCGUCGUCGUCGUCAUCGUCCCGCCGCCGCCGGCGCUGCCGCCGUGA